UGAGGUUUUGGUAAGUUGUGGUUCAGACUUUUCUGGUCCAAGUAAAGUGACAAGGAAUAGUUUUUUUUUUUUUUUUUGGUAAGAUUUGAAGGAUCCUUUUGUUGUUUUUUGAAGAAGAAAGGGGAAGAGAUCCAAUUCAAAUCUCUCUCUCUCCCGUGAGAAAGGCGCAGAUUUUUCCAGAUCUCAUCGUUUCCGAAUCUGUAUCCAAAACUCACAAGAGAGAAGGAGAAGGAAUCAUUUGGAGGGGUGUGAAUAUGAUUACGAUCCCAUACCUCACGGCCGUAUCCACAUACUUCAGCUACGGCUUGCUCUUCGCCUUUGGGCAGCUUCGCGAUUACUCCCGCCUUAUCUUCGAUUGGUGCUCCACCAACAAUCUCCAGGGAUACGCCCCCAUCUGCUUGGCUCACGAGGAUUUCUACAUCAGACGAUUGUAUCACCGUAUUCAGGAUUGUUUUAAUCGUCCCAUAUCAAGUGCUCCUGAUUCUUGGGUUGAUGUUAUCGAGAGGUACUCUAAUGACAACAACAAGACCCUCAAGCGAACAACAAAGAGCACAAGGUGCCUCAAUUUGGGGUCUUACAAUUAUCUUGGAUUUGGUUCUUUCGAUGAGUAUUGCACGCCCCGUGUUAUUGAGUCCUUGAAGAAGUUUUCAGCAAGUACAUGCAGCUCUCGCGUUGAUGCAGGGACUACAUCUGUGCAUGCAGAACUUGAAGAAUGUGUUGCCAACUAUGUGGGCAAACCUGCUGCUAUUGUCACUGGCAUGGGCUUCGCAACAAACUCGGCUAUCAUUCCUGUCUUGAUUGGAAAGGGAGGGUUGAUAAUAAGCGAUUCUUUGAACCAUACUUCCAUUGUAAACGGUGCUCGAGGUUCAGGAGCCACUAUCCGCGUUUUCCAACACAACACACCUGCUCAUUUGGAAAGAGUAUUGAAAGAACAAAUCGCUGAGGGACAACCUAGGACACACAGACCCUGGAAGAAAAUUAUUGUUGUUGUUGAGGGUAUUUACAGCAUGGAAGGGGAGAUUUGUCAACUUCCCGAGAUUGUCUCAGUUUGCAAGAAGUAUAAGGCUUAUGUUUACUUGGAUGAAGCUCACAGUAUUGGAGCAAUUGGAAAAACAGGCAGGGGUGUUUGCGAACUUCUCGGAGUUGACACAGCUGAUGUGGACAUAAUGAUGGGGACUUUUACCAAAUCUUUCGGAUCUUGUGGUGGCUAUAUUGCCGGAUCCAAGGACCUCAUCCAAUAUUUGAAGUACCAUUGCCCGGCUCACCUUUACGCAACAUCAAUCUCAACUCCUUCAGCGCAACAAAUCAUAUCAGCCAUAAAAGUUAUCCUUGGAGAGGACGGUUCAAACAGAGGUGCGCAAAAGUUAGCAAGGAUAAGGGAGAACAGCAACUUUUUCAGGGCUGAGUUGCAGAAGAUGGGAUUUGAGGUCCUUGGAGACAAUGAUUCCCCAGUCAUGCCAAUAAUGCUUUACAAUCCAGCAAAAAUCCCAGCCUUCUCAAGGGAAUGCUUGCGAGAAAACGUCGCAGUUGUGGUUGUUGGUUUCCCAGCUACACCUCUAUUGCUAGCCAGGGCUCGCAUUUGCAUAUCCGCAUCUCACUCAAGAGAAGAUCUUAUCAAAGCUCUAAAGGUUAUAAGCAAAGCAGGUGACCUUACCGGAAUCAAAUAUUUUCCGGCAGCACCAAAGAAGCAAGAAGAAGAGAAAGAUAGAAUCAAAUUGGAUUAAGACCGUAAUGCUAAGCAGUUUCCUUACCAAAAGAGGGUUUGAUCAGUACUAAUUAGCAUUAGUUUACUGUUUUUUCUUGCGGUUCUGUCUUUUGAUGUGGCCCCUCUACUUGUCUUGAAACUUUGUGAUCGUUCUUCUUCUUUUUUUCAUUUGUUUCUUUGGUUUCGUCCGAGUUAAUUGUAUAGCUUCCUUUAAGAAUGGUGCUCCAAAAUUACAGAUGCUAUUUGAUGACUUUUUAUGCUUC